AUGUCUUGUGGUUCAGUUCUCAAAGCCAAGCGCAGAGCUGCUGGGGGCUGUGCCCUCCACGUGGGACUGACCAGCUGCGUCUUCCUCAGGCCAGUGACACUCAUCACCACCCACCCUGGCAAUGAGGUCAGGUAUGGGCCCCAUGAGGAGAAGCUAGAGGAGCCCCAGCAGCUGUGUGCAAGCUGGAGGCUGCCAGAAGUCAAACAGCAGGUCAUUUCUGCAAACAUCCAGAGACAGGCUCAGAAAGUGAAGAGAGACAGGGAGAGAUUGGCCAAAGCUUUGAGUGCAGACAGCCUGGCCAGUGAGGCAGAGAGGCUGAGUGGCCAGGAAGAAAGGGCUGAAAUCCAGAUGGAAACAGGAGAAGGAGCUGCUGGAGACUCUGAGAUGUGA